UCGGAUGAAUACCGGGUUGUAGCUUGUUGUCUUCCUUCCUACGGUUAGAUAGAGCUGCCUAUUGUGUAAGUAACACGUUUCAUCUAAAAUGUAUUGAACCGCAAACCCGCGAAUCUUGCGAAUCUGCCAAUUUCUGUCUAACUUUACCGAAGUAAAUAAAUCCUCUGUUUGAGUAGUUGUGAUUGUAGGCUAUAUUCUGAUCCACACUCCAUCUCAGAAGGUGGCGGUAAUGCAACCCAAAAAAACGUCACAGGAAGAAGAAGAAGAAGAAGAACAACAUCCUGGUGCUGCUGCUUCCAUAUCAUAUCCACAUAGAUAUAUCUAUGCCAUAUCCAGCGACAUUCGGGCGACAGUGUCACCGUGUUUACUGAAGUGUUACCCGGGCGGUUUUAAAUCGACCCGCCGCAAGAGUGGCUAUGGCUACCAAGAAAAGAAGUCUUUCCUGUGACAACGGGGAGCAGGACGGACGGCUGCUCGCUCACAAGCAGCUCAAGGCGGAUGGCAAGCGGCACGUAGCUGCCUUGAUUCUGGCGAGGGGAGGAAGCAAAGGAAUCCCUCAAAAAAACAUCAAAACGUUAGCCGGAAUCCCGCUGCUUGGAUGGGUGCUGAGGGCUGCUGCGGACUCCGAUGUGUUUGACAGUAUUUGGGUAUCAACUGACCAUGAUGAGAUCGAGAAGGUGGCAAAAUCCUGGGGUGCCAAGGUGCACCGCAGGAGUCCUGAAGUCUCCAAAGACUCUUCCACGUCUCUGGAAACCAUCAGGGAGUUUCUCGAACAAAGAAAAGAAGUGGAGGUGGUCUGUAACAUUCAGGCAACUUCCCCGUGUCUCCAUCCGUCCCAUCUGAAAGAUGCCCUGAAGAUGAUCACAGAGGAGCGCUUUGAUUCGGUCUUCUCGGUGGUCCGGAGACACCAUUUCCGCUGGAAGGAGGUCAAAAAAGGAUCUGGUGAGUCGACCACCCCGUUGAAUCUGAACCCGGCCAAGCGUCCGCGGCGUCAGGACUGGGACGGAGAGCUGUGUGAGAACGGCUCCUUUUACUUCACCACUAGAGAGCAAGUGGAGAAAGACCUUUUGCAGGGCGGUAAGCGAGCCUACUACGAGAUGAAGCCAGAGUACAGCGUGGACAUCGACGUGGACAUCGACUGGCCUGUGGCAGAACAGAGGGUUCUCAGGUAUGGCUACUUCGGACAGGCCACGCCAGAGGUGGUUCGUCUGAUGUUCUGCAAUGUUUCCGGGUGUUUAACGGACGGAAGGAUCCUUCUGUCUGCGUCCGGAGAGGAGAUGGUGUCUAUCAAUGCAAGAGACACCUCUGGCAUCUGCAUGCUGCAGAAUGAAGGAGUGGAGGUGGUGCUGCUGACCUCGGACCUGGACCCCGUGCCCCAGUCGCUGGCUGACAGUCUGGCCAAGAGAACGGGCCGCAAGGUCAUGCAGGUGGGCAAGGAGCCCCUGGACGAUCUGAAGCCGAUUGUGGAGCAGAAGAAGCUGGAUUGGAAGGAUGUGGCAUACAUGGGUAACGACAAACGGGAUGUCAAGUGUCUGAACCUGGCGGGUAUGAGUGCAGUACCUAAAGAUGCUCCGGUGGUAGCCAUCAAUGCUGCAAAGUACACCUGCCAAAACUGUGGGGGAAUGGGAGCCAUUAGGGAGUUUGCCGAACACAUUCUCCUGCAGAAAGAAAAAGCAAAGGCGCAGAUGAGCAGCACCGCAUCGACCGUCUCAACUUGUAACCCUGAAAAGCUUCAGAAUUAGUGCAGACAACAAAUCACAGAAAGUAAUUAAUAAGACACAUAAGUGCACAUGAGAAAAUAUUACAAUAUUACCUGAGAUGCAAUGUAAUUUUAGAGUUAGAGUUUGUAGAAUUGAACUAAUUAAAGUCAUGGUUUGGAGUAAUUUCACCCUAGGGUCCUUUGCACCAUG